AUGGCUGCCAAACCUGCCACUGCCAAACCUGCUGCUUCCACGCGUGCUACUGCCACACCUGUUGCCACACACGCUGCUGCCACCUGCAUUGAUGCCACCUGCAUUGCUGCCUCCUUUGCGACUGCCAUACCUACUGUCGCUGCUCAUGGCGAUGUGGGUUCUUCUGGCGUGACCACAGCGGGUGCUAGUCGCAAGGGACGCCUCUCUUCUAGGGGGAAUAAGGCGUACAACGUCGCCCAACAGCUCUGGAAGAUAAACCGGUUGAACAUCGUUGUACAGGCGAAGCAAGAGGAGGAGGGCGAAGAGAAGGGCAAGACUGGAUUGGGCGAGGAGAAGGGCAAGGAGGAGGGCGAGGUGGAGCGCGAGGUGGAGGGCGAGGUAGAGGGCAAGGAGAAGAGUGAGGAAGAGGGCGAGGAGGGGGAGGGCGGCGAGGAGGGGGAGGAGUGCGGCAAGGAAGGUAGCUAG